AUGGAGGAUGUAAAAGACCCGCCGACCGUGCACCGGUCCUCCUCCUUCAGUAUCAAGAGCCUCCUGCUGCCCUCCAAGUGCGACAGACCGGACCCCGUAGCCGCUGCAGUGGUGGGAAUCCCCGGGACCUUCUCUCCCUCUCCGGGCUCCGAAUCUGACAAGUCUCUGGAGGAGGUGGACUCUAAGUCUCUGGACCCCCUGGAGGUGGCUUUGGACCCCGAGAAGCCGGACAAGCAGGAGGACCAGGAGGAGGAAGGUGGAGGAGGCGCCAAGACCACACCGAACACUAACGGUAAUAGUACCGUGAAAAACGGGAAAUAUGACAAGCCUCCGUUCAGCUAUAACGCCCUGAUCAUGAUGGCCAUCCGGCAGAGCCCCGAGAAGCGGCUCACGCUGAACGGGAUCUACGAGUUCAUCAUGAAGAACUUCCCGUACUACCGGGAGCACAAGCAGGGCUGGCAGAACUCCAUCCGUCACAACCUGAGUCUAAAUAAGUGCUUCGUGAAGGUGCCCAGGCACUACGACGACCCGGGGAAGGGGAACUACUGGAUGCUGGACCCGAGCAGCGAUGACGUUUUCAUCGGAGGGACAACCGGGAAGCUCCGUCGGCGCUCCGCCACCUCCCGGGGGAAACUGGCGAUGAAACGCGGGCUGCGCUUCGCUCCUCUCGGCUUGGGGAUUAACGAGCGGGCAAACAACCCGCUGUACUGGCAGAUCUCUCCGUUUCUCUCCCUGCACCAUCACCACCACCACCACCCGCACUACAACGGAUCCUCACCCGGGUUUUUGAACCAGGCGGGCGGGUACGGGUCGCUGCUGCCCGCCGUGGAGCAGCUGGGUAACGGGGACCUGGGGCGCUCCAUCCUGGGGAACAGUUACGGGAUGAGCACUUCUCCGGUGGGGCUGCUCUCCGGACAGACUGCCGGGUACUUUGUCUCAGGGACCGGACACUCAGGGCAGCCCGGAGGAGGACCACCGCCCCCUCCGCACCUCCAGCAGGGGUACGGCGGCCUGACAAGCAGCAGCUCCCCGCAGCACCUGCUCUCGGACUCCCUGAGAAACAGCUCCUUCUCCCCGGGCGUUUCCGCGGGGUUCCCCGGGGUGUUGUCCCAUCAAAAGAGGGUGACCCCUAACGCUUUCCUAAACUGA